AUGGCGACGAAUGGUUUCGACGGUCUCCCUCCUGGUCCCCCACCAGACCCCAUCGAACGCCCACCAUCGCCGCCACCUCCACCUCCAGAAGACUUGGCCGCUCCGCCGCCGCCGCCAGAUGCUGCGGCACCUCCACCUCCCCCCGAUGAUGCGCCACCCGCACCUCCGGUUGAAGCUAAAAAGAAAAAGUCAGGAUGGGGGGCGCCCAAGCGGCCUGCUGCGACGCCGUUGAGUGUGGAGGAGCUAAUUCGAAAGAAGAAGGAAGCAGAUGCGGCAGCUUCAAAGCCCAAGUUCCUUUCUAAGGCUCAACGAGAGAAGCUUGCGCUAGAGAAAAGGGCCAAGGAAGUGGAAGCUGAGCGACAAGCGAAAGCUUCCACUAAUGGAGCUGAUCGCGAUGGAUUCUCGUCGGAAACACCUACAAAGAGACCCGAAGAUCCUAGACAUGAUACACGAGAUUCAAAUGGAAGAGUCCCAACUGGACCCCGUGCGAUGCGCGGAGACAUCCCCACGGGCCCGGCUUCGCAGCGCAACUCGAACGGAUACAAUAAUCGAAGACAGGACUCAGAAAUGCCACCGCCGCAAAAGGGAAAGGGUUCAAAGACUGAUAAACGCCCGGCAGAGGAAGAUGAAACUGAAGCGCAAGCUGCUUUGGUGAAACAACGCUACAUGGGAGUCGAGCAAAGAUCAACGUUCUCAGCGAAGAACAAGCGCAAGCGCACGACGGACCGCAAAUUCAACUUUGAAUGGAACACUGAAGAGGACACGAGCCUCGAUUACAACCCGUUAUACCAACACCGACAUGAGGCCAACUUCUUUGGACGCGGUCGACUGGCAGGAUUCGGAGAAGAUGUUGCAGAUAGUGUGGCCCGCAAGUAUGCGCAAGCCUUGGAGACUCGAGAUGCAGAAUCUGGAGGUCUACGCGCCAAGGAGAUCCUGGAGAUGGAGCGGCGACGUCGCGAAGAGAGUUCUCGGAGCCAGCUGGAUAAACACUGGAGCGAGAAGUCACUGGCUAAUAUGCGCGAGCGGGACUGGCGUAUCUUCAAGGAAGACUUCAAUAUCAGCACCAAGGGUGGCGGUAUCCCCAAUCCUAUGCGUUCAUGGGAAGAGAGCGACCUGCCCAGGCGCUUGCUAGAGCUUAUUGACCGUGUUGGAUACAAGGAGCCGAGUCCCAUCCAACGCGCCGCAAUCCCUAUUGCCCUGCAAAAUCGCGAUCUCAUCGGUGUUGCCGUGACUGGUUCUGGUAAAACAGCGGCAUUCCUACUUCCGCUAUUGGUAUACAUCUCAGAACUGCCCCGACUCGAUGAGUUCGAGUGGCGCAAGAACGAUGGUCCAUAUGCCCUUGUCCUCGCACCUACUCGUGAAUUAGCCCAGCAGAUUGAGAUCGAAGCUAGGAAAUUCACUGCGCCUCUUGGUUUCAACGUCGUCAGCAUUGUCGGUGGUCAUUCGCUGGAAGAGCAAGCAUACAGCCUGCGCAACGGUGCAGAACUUAUCAUCGCCACACCAGGUCGUCUCGUCGACUGUAUCGAGCGCCGUAUGCUAGUCCUCAGUCAGUGUUGCUAUGUGAUUAUGGAUGAAGCAGAUCGCAUGGUCGACAUGGGUUUCGAAGAAUCCGUCAACAAGAUCCUCGACGCACUCCCGUCUCCAACGAAAAGCCAGACACCGAAGAAGCCGAGAAUCCACUCGCAAUGA